CAUAACCUAUUAUUUACAAUUAUAUUAUUAAAAAACAAAUCCUGUUAUUUAAUAUUUUUUUUAAUUACACAAUAAUAUAAAUAUAAUUUAAAUUCAAAUAUGUUAUUAAUUUUAGUCACGUUUAUUUAAUUUAAAAAAAAAUAUUGUUCGUAUGCAGUGUAACGGUUAAUUGUCAGUGUGGAUUUAAUUAAACAUGUGUGUUUAAUUAUAAUACCAGUUUUUAUUUUAUUUUAAUUAAUGAAUUAAUGAAUAAAUAAAACAAUUAUGAAUACUCCGCAAUCGAAUAAAAAAAAAAGCCGAAGUAGGGUCGGACAUAACGACUCUACUCUUGGAGUAAUAACUGAAAUUUUGACACCUGGUGAAGCUACGAGAUGUGUUUUGAUAACGCCUUUGGCUGACGAGCCGACUAGACCCGUGAAGCUGGGGAUAAAUGACAGCAUUCCGGUUGUGUCAAUGGAUAAAAUAGACGACAAAAAGGGUAAUAAUAUUUUACAUGAACGUGACAAGGAGGACAAAGCUGUUUUGAGUUCCUUGCCGGUAGCUAUCGUUAAGGAACUUGAUGGAUAUGAAAGGCAGAUUGGAGAAGCAGAACCACUGCCUAAUUCAUAUGUUCGAUUUAUGGAGAGAAGUGGAGAAGAGCUUGAUGGUGAAGUGGAGUACGAUUUAGAUGAAGAAGACUCAGCCUGGCUAGCGUUGAUGAACGAGCGCCGUACAUCAUCAGGCCUGCCAGCAAUGGAACCGGAUGUCUUUGAGCUGUUGAUGGACCGGUUGGAAAAAGAGUCAUAUUUUCAGCAGCAGAACAGCGGAGGCGGUGGUAUCGCCGCGGAUGAAGACGCGGUCUGUUGUAUUUGCAUGGACGGUGAAUGUCAGAACAGCAACGCGAUUCUCUUCUGCGACAUGUGCAAUCUCGCAGUGCACCAGGACUGCUACGGUGUCCCGUACAUUCCCGAGGGCCAGUGGUUGUGUCGUCGCUGCCUACAGAGUCCUUCGCGCGCUGUCGACUGCGUGCUCUGUCCCAACCGCGGUGGUGCAUUUAAGCAGACAGACCGGUCAGCGACUUGGGCCCAUGUUGUCUGCGCACUCUGGAUCCCCGAAGUGAGAUUUGCUAAUACAGUAUUUCUUGAGCCCAUUGACUCGAUUGAAAGCAUUCCCGCGGCCCGCUGGAAGCUCAUUUGCUGCGUGUGCAAACGUCGCAGUGUAGGUGCUUGCAUUCAGUGCCACAAGAGCAACUGCUAUGCAGCAUUUCAUGUCACUUGUGCUCAACAAGCUGGCCUGUGCAUGCGUAUGCGAACAGUUCAGCCAGCUAAUGGCGAACCCAUGUUAGUACAAAAGACGGCUUACUGCGAAGCUCACACUCCUGCAGAUUAUCAGCCGUCUACGAACCCAGCAGACGCGAGACGUCGUGCCAUUGCUAAUAAAAAAAGUUCUUCAGCACCAGUAAUAUCAAUACCGACUAUACCACCCGAAAGAAUACGGGAAAUAGCAAAUUUAGCUGAAGGUUUGCCCAAAAAGAGCCAACUGAUCCAACGUUUGUUGGCAUACUGGACCCUGAAGAGACAACACCGCAAUGGUGUGCCUUUACUACGUCGUCUUCAGAGUUCGCAUCCUCAUUCUUCGCGACCGAAUCCUUUCUGCGGCGGUAGUUCACCUGCGGACAGUGAAAUGCGAGGGGAAUUAUAUCGUCAGCUCAAGUACUGGCAGUGUCUGAGACAGGACUUGGAAAGAGCGCGUCUGCUUUGUGAGCUGGUUCGCAAGCGGGAAAAAUUAAAGAAAGAAUUGUUUAAAGUAAAGGAGAAGUGUCUCUGGUUUGAACUGAGACCGCUGGAAAGUACGCUCAAGUUAUUGCUGGAGGCCAUCAAGAGCAAGGAUACCAAUGAUGUGUUUGGACAGCCGGUUAAUACGGAAGAAGUUCCUGAUUAUUUGGAUAUCGUCACCCAGCCGAUGGAUUUGUCGACGAUGGAGAGCAAAAUUGACAAACAAGAGUACGACAGCAUCAGUGCGUUUCAGAGUGACUUUAAUUUGAUGGUCAGCAAUUGUCUCGCGUACAAUCGGAAAGACACGAUGUUUUAUCGCGCGGGCUUAAAAAUGCGUGAGCAGGGAGGCAGUUUGAUAGAACAGGCGCGAAAAGAUUAUCCGGAGUUUGAUCGCGUUGUUGUGGAGAAAGAGAAAGAGAAAGAAAGAGAAAAGGAAAAGGAAAAAGAGAAGGAAAAGGAGAAAGAAAAAGAAAAAGAAAAAGAGAAGGAGAAAAUAAAAGAAGAAGACAUUAAAGCUAAAAGUGAAGUCACGAACAAAAGAAAAAGGGAGAGGAGUAAUAGGAAUAGGAGUGAGAGUGAAUCUUUGGUAAAUCAGACGGAGAAAGAAGUCGUGGGAGUCAAUAGACGUACUGCGGUUCUGUUUACUCGGAAAGCUAAAGCGCGAGCUAAUAAGGGAGCAGUUGGUGUUGCUCCUGGUGUCGAGGAACAGAAGAAACAGGGAGACAGUUUCAAAGUUUACAGAUCUGGGGGAGUUGACAGCGACAUUGGAGAUGACGGAGAGAGUCAGUCAUCCAGCUGCAGCAGUUGCUCGACUAGCAGGUCUACGACUCCAGUUGGUGCUGAGGAUGAUGAGACUGAGGACCAGGACCAGGAUCAGGACCAAGACCAAGAUCUAGAUCAAGACCAAGACCAGGAUGAAAGGUUGACUAAGAGGAGUAAAGACGAGGAGAAAGUUGACGACGACCGGCUUGAAGCGCUUCAACUUGUCUGGGCCAAGUGUCGCGGGUAUCCCUGGUACCCGGCGCUGAUAAUUGACCCUAAUACUCCAAGAGGAACUGUCCAUAAAGGCGUUCCCAUUCCCGCGCCUCCUGACGACGUUCUUGCGCUGGCCGUAAAUUAUAAGGACCCGAUAUUUCUUGUACUAUUUUUUGAUACUAAACGUACUUGGCAGUGGUUACCAGGAGAAAAAUUAGAGAAACUUGGCGUGACCCAAGAAGUUGAUGAAGCGAAAUUGAUAGAGUCCCGGAAGCCGGCAGACCGGAAGGCGGUAAAAAAAGCCUAUCAAGAAGCUCUGCACUAUCGUAAGCAGACUCACACCGCAUUCAAUGCCAUCCCAUCAGCCUAAUUUAAUGAUCAACUGUCAAUGAACCAAUUAAUAAUAUAAAUAUCAAUCAGCAAUUAAUAAAUAUAAAAUAUUAUUAUGUUUUUAUAAAAACAAGAGUGUAAUUUCUCACAUUAAUAAUUAAAAUGGAUUAUAUUCAUUUAUA